CCCCUUCGCACACCUGUGUCAGCGAUAAGGGACUAUAUAACAGGACUUACAGCCAACCCACCACACAUCUGGGCUUCCUCCAACCACUACCAUGUUGCGACUCUCGCUGCUUCUGGCCACGACGCUCACGUUGGUGGUGUGCCGGAGUCUUCCCAGUAACCGGGAGGAGGACCUGGUCUGCCCCGACGGAUGGACACUGCUCGAGUCCUCGUGCUUCCUGGUGACAGAAUCGUCCGGCAACUGGUUCGAAGGCCAAGACUUCUGCAACAGCUAUGGGGCCACGCUAGCCACUGUGUCCAGUGCUUCCCAACAAGAAGCACUCUCGGGUAUGCUGAAUGGAGACACCUGGAUUGGCCUCAGCGACCUUAAGGACGACCACAGCUAUGCAUGGGCUGAUGGAACUCCCUCCAAGUUCUUCAGCUGGGCGAAAGGUGAACCCAGCAACUCGGGAACAUUCUGGAUCUUCGGCGAGAGUGAAGACUGCGUCGAGAUGCGACAGGAAUUCCACUAUCUCUGGAAUGACGCUCACUGUGACGACGUCAAGCGAUUCACGUGUAGUCGCCCAGCCGAUCCAGCGCCCACCACCACCACCACGACAACUACCACCACCACCACAACCACCACCACCACAACUACCACCACUCCAGCACCCGCCUGUGAGGAAGGAUGGCAGAUUUACGGGCUGUCUUGCUACCUGGUGAGUGAAGAUGUCGCCUCCUGGACGGACGCCAGAGGCAACUGCAGUGUUCUCGGAGGCGUGCUGGCCUCCGUCACCAGCGAGGACGAGCAGGCGUUCGUGAGCGGUCUGCUGAGUCGCAGCGCCUGGAUUGGUCUCAGCGAUCAGGAAAUUGAAGGAG